AUGGGUUUUGUUGUUGUUCCUGCCACCCUCCCUGACAUCCGGGCCAUCUACGAUGCGUGGUUCGCGGCUUUCAAAGGCCAAGUGAUUCUCGACCUCAUCUACCCUGGCAGUGAUGUCAAUGAUGAAGCUUUCCGCAAGGUACAUGCCGAGGGUACCCUUGGAUAUUGGCAAGGCUUGAGCAUGGAGCACACCUUCCAAUGCAUUGACACCGACACCGGCCGAGUCGCCGGCAUGGCCACCUGGCAGGUCUACUGGCGGGAGCGGACCGAUGCUGAGCGUAUAAAGCCAUGGAUUGGAUGGCUCGAGGGUGACCAGCGCAAGCGUGCAGAAGGAUUCCUAGAGCAGCUGUGGGAAAAACGAGAAAAGUAUAUUGGACCCAAGAAGCACGUUUACUGCCAUACGGUUGCGGUGCACCCAGACUAUCAGGGUCGUGGAGUUGGCGCGCAGCUUAUGCAAUGGGGUCUUGAGACAUCAGAGAAAUUGAAUGUCCCGAUCUAUUUAGAGUCCACCGUGGAGGGCGUUCCUUUGUAUAACAAGCUUGGUUUCCAGACCCUUGCUGAACCCGUCGUGUUCAAACCGGAGGUUACCGGGCUUGACAAGGAUAUUCAAGCACCAUUGAUGGUGAAGAUGCCAAAGGGUGCUGGCAGCACAAAAUUUGAGCAAUGGGCAGAGAGCAAGCCCUGA